UGCCUCCGAGUUGUGAAUUUCGUUUUUGACGUGUAGAAGUUGUUCCGGAGGUUAUUCAGUUUUUCUUUUUUUUUCCGGAGAGAGCGAGAGAGAGAGAGGGAUGUUAGUGUUGAGGUGUCUUCGAACAUGACCUUGCAUUUGUUAAUCCGUGGUGUAGCGCUGUGGUUUUUGGGAGGUUUAUAACAGUUUUUUGCGUUGAAGCGUCAAUGAGUUUCCGUAGUAGGUGUGCUUUUCAUCUCGUGCCAGCAGGGAUGUCGAAGUCUUUUUAUCGUCAACCUUAAUCGCAUGAAUUACUUAAAUGCCUGUUGGGGCAGGACCUAAGGAUUCAUGAUGUGCCCCUGCUGAAGAUGAGCCCCCUCGAAUAAUAACCAUCUGAUUCUCUACCUCGAAGUAUACAUUGAUUUCAAUUUGUACACAAGUUCUCUUUUAUUGAAGAGAACAAACCUUUGUGUAGAGCAAACCUCUGUCGCUUGAGGCAAUGGAGGUCACAGAGGUCUCAGAGAAGCGUUUUGAGCGGGCGAUGGAACGUCUCUUCUCAGGAAGUUCCACACCAGCUGCCAGCUCUGCUCGAGUUCCUUCACCAGUCAAAGAAAAGAAAGAGGACGAGGAGAAUACGAGUGGACGGGUUUUUCAAACUGCUGGGGUAGCAACACCAUUAUCAGGAUCGCACGGAUGUAGGCCGUGGGACCGUGGUGAUCUCCUCCGUCGCCUUGCCACCUACAAAUCCAUCAGCUGGUUUGGGAAACCACAGGUUGCAGGGCCUGUGGCCUGUGCUAGGAGAGGAUGGGUAAAUGUGGAUAUCGACCUCCUUGCAUGUGAAAUCUGUGGUUCCCGGCUGAGCUUUCCUGUUUCCUCUUCCUGGUCACGCCACCAAGUGGAGCAAGCGGCACUCGUAUUUGCCGAGAAACUUGACACUGCACACAAGGGUUUGUGUGCAUGGAAAAAUAAUCCGUGUGCGGAAACACUCGCACACUUUCCACCCACCCCUGUGUCAGUCCUCAGGGGAGCUUACACUGACCGUUGUGAAGCCCUUCUUCAGUUAUCUGCUCUUCCUGUGAUCUCUGAUGCUGCCAAAUCUCUUAUGAAGCUGUCCCGAGGACCUCAGGUUGAUCAGUUACUCUCUGAGCUAAACCCUCCGAGUCCUGGAUUCCUGGUUGGAAAUGGUGCGAGUUCGAGCUCAACUGAAAAUGAGAUUUUCGCAAACAGCAAGGCUUAUUACGAGGCUCAGCGAAUGAUUGCGGUUUGUGGUUGGGAGCCACGACUUUUACCUUAUACCGUUGAUUGUGAGGACCGCUCAGGAGCUCAGUCUAUCCAUGAACAGAUUGGAACGUCGCAUGGACCUGGACCAAGCGUCACAGUGCACAUGCAAGGAGGCCAACAAUCAAAGGUUGCGCAGGGACAAAUCCAAUCUACUGGUACUGAUGUCUCUGACCCAGCAUCUGCCGUGCUGGAUUGCAAUCUUUGUGGAGCCAGCGUGGGCCUCUGGAACUUUGCUACUUUGAAUCGCCCCGCUCCGUUGUUGAACUCUGGCCUUGAAGAACUUUUUUCAUCUAAGAAUAGAUCUUCAGGAUCGAACCCAGUAAGAGAUGAUGCAGCUGGUGCUGUAGGUGGUCCUUUGUUGGCUAGUCCAGAAGCAGCAGAAAUGGUUGAUGCAAAACCUCCUGAAGUAGUGCCAGUUAAUGUAUUGGAGAGAGCUGCUCCUCCUAAGGGGGUGUUAGAUUUGAAACUUACGAUUGCAGGUGGACCUCCUCCUACUAGGCUUAUUGCUCCAGCUUCGGUGCCACCGUCCUUUGGCAUUCCUGGUUUGCCACAUACUGUAAUGCAGCCCAGGAAGAUUGAAGCAAUAACCUAUGCAGCUGCGUCAUACGAAUCCCGAAGACCUGCGCAUCAGGGAAGAGGACACAAUGACACAGGAACGCCGACAUAUCAUGUGGAAGGUGAAGUAAUACAGAAUAGGGAAAUGAAAGAUGCUGAGGAAAGCAAGGAUGCAGAGUAUUUUUCAAAGCGAAAACGGGAGAAGGGCAAUGAUGAAUCCGAGGGCGUUUUUUCACCGAACACCAAGCGCAAGCGUGAAGUAGGUUCGCAGUGGCCAGGUUUUACAGUGAAGUUGCCUGCGCGUGAUCUUCCUCAUGCCUCUUCUGUCAAUGCUAUUGAUACUUGCUAUCCACCAAAGCAGGAGAAUUCUAUGGAGAGUGUGGAUAAUCUGCCUCUAGGAAGUGAUGGCCAAGGCGCAAAUACUGCGGAGUACCAUGUGAAUGGACCCGAGUCUAGGGUUCAGGCCGAACAUAGCAUGUCUCGUCAGGAUGGCAUUGAUGCAGGUAAGAGCAUAUGUGGUGGAAGGGUUGAGGAGGGUGUACAGAAUAAUGUAGUGGUUAUAUGUCCCGGAGCGGGUAUUAGUGGUAGUCAUGAAACUGAAAUCCAAGGUGUCGAAGCAAAUCUGGAGCGGUCGGAGAGCGUUGCAGAGUUUGCGACUGACGUCAUUGAGCUGAUGGAAGAACAUGUUUCUGGUCGUGGUUUGAUGGAUGAAUUUAUUCCCGAGGACACACUCAAAGCAAUUGUCACAGAUGAUCAUGAAGGCAGUCGACAAGCUAUGCUUGGCAUUAGUCACACAUUUGUUAAGGACACUAGUUCAGCUGGAGUUUCCGAAAGAUAUCAAAGAAACGUUGCUCAACGGGAUGCUGAUGAAGAUGCUAAUGCAGGAAGCACUUUAGAGACAACUAAUGCCAUCAUCCAAGGUGUUGACAUGGUCGCAAAUAUUCAAGUCAAAGAAGUUACAGCUGGGCGUACGGUUGGAGAAUCCCCUUCAGAGAGAAAUGAAGAGGUUCAGAGUCAUCCUUCCUUUCCACCAGGUUUACUGUUAGAUGAUGUUAAAAAGCUAGAAAUCCAGACGGGAGAAUUUGAUCCCAUUCGGCAGCACAGACAUUUUUGUCCCUGGGUAAACGCUCAUGUUGCUGCAGCAACGAGUGGCACAGGGUCGAGUAAAUUCUGUGGCUGGCAAAUCGUGCUGGAUGCUCUGCAGCCUCAGCCCCCAUCUCCACAUCAACAGCACCAGCACCAGCAAGGUUCCGUGGAAUCAGAGUUUACAGGCUCCAAGUAUAAGGAUGACCCGAUUCUUUCAGUUCGAAAGUUACUAGGAUCUGUUUCUUCGAAUUAUCUUCCAAGUUCUUAAGGGGAUGGUGGAGGCAAGUUGGUAUGUCGAGGCAUUUCUCCUCUCGUUUUUGUCCUCGUUUCUGGCGUACCUGUGGAAAUAUCUAUUUCUGCCUCGUUUGAGUUAUGAGUAGCCAAUAUUGUUUCCGUUAAGAGUUUAGGGAGGCAGAAACUAGUCUUGUUCGUCUGAGAACUCGUAACUUUCAGUAAAUUUGUAAGAUCUUAUCGUUGUACCGGGCGUUUGCAUGCUUCUUCCAGUAAUGAGGAGCAGAGCAUGUGAUUCCUACUGGAGAUGAUACAUGAUUGCAUAGACGAGCUUACUCUAAUUUGCGCUACGCCCAGUUGAUAAUUGACCAGUAGGUAGUGCUCACAGUUGUGAUAACGAUGCACAUACUUCAAUGCACUGGGGGAUUGAUGACCAUUCAUAUUG